AUGACAAACCUCCACCUCCGCAAUCAGCACCUCAACCUCACAGUCGAGUCUCUCAGGUUGGUGGGAGGAGAAAGUCGCUGCACAGGAACACUGGAGCUGAAACAUUAUGAAAAAUGGAGACCAGUGAAUGACCUUGACUCUGUCUGGACCCUGAGGACAGCAGCAGACUCUGUCAGGCUGGUGAAUGGGACCAGUCUGUUCUCAGGCAGACUGGAGGUGAAGACUACCCAGUCUACCCAGAGGUGGUCCUCAGUGUGUGAAGCUGACUUUGACCAGCAGGAUGCAGAGGUGGUGUGUAGGGAGCUUGGCUGUGGAGCUCUUUCAGUCCUCCAGGGGGUGCUCUAUGGAGAAGUGGAGGCUCCAAUAAGGACCAAAGAGUUCCAGUGUGGAGACCAUAAGUCUGCUCUCCUGGACAGUAAAAGCUCAGGCUCAGAUGGAAACGUCACCUGCCCACCUGGAAAAGCUGUUGGACUCACCUGCUCAGAACCAGUCAGGUUGGUGGGAGGACUCAGUCGCUGUACAGGAUCACUGGAGGUGAAACAUCAGGGAGACUGGAGACCAGUGAUUGUCUCUGGCUGGACCAUGAAGGUGGCAGCUGUUGCCUGCAGAGAGUUGGACUGUGGCUCUGCUGUUUCUGUAGGACAGAGAAAAGAGUCCUUGAGCAGAUCUGUGUGGAGGAUCUGGUCUGACUGUGUUCAGUCUGGAUCUGGUCUGAGGGAGUGUGCAUCUUCAGUUUCCUCUUCCUACAUCCUGGAUCUCACCUGCUCAGGUCAGCCGAUCCUUAGUCUCGCAUUGCCAGACCUAUGUCCACAACACUGUGGAUUGUGA